AUGGCUCAAUCUAAGCAUAUAGAUAAAGUUCUUGAUAGGCAUAGUGAUGAAACUAUUACAAAUAACCGUUUAAGGUUGAAGACAUCUAUUAAUGCUAUUCGAUGGCUUGCAUUUCAAGCAUGUGCAUUUAGAGGCGAUGAUGAAAGUCUUGGAUCUUUGAAUAGGGAAAAUUUUAUUGAGUUAAUUAAGCUUUUAGCUUCCUGUAAUCAGAAUAUUAAUAAUGUUGUCCUUGAAAAUGCUCCUGGAAAUGCUCAAUAUAUAUCUCCCGGUGUUCAGAAAGAUAUAUUGCAUAUCUUUGCUAGAAAAGUGCGUGCAAAAAUUCGAGAAGAAAUUGGUGAUUCUAAAUUUUGUAUAAUUAUUGAUGAAGCAAGAGAUGAGUCAAAGCGAGAACAAAUGUCUGUGGUUUUGAGAUUUGUAGACAAGCACGGUUGUGUUCAAGAAAGAUUUUUUGAUCUUAUACAUGUUUCUGAUACAUGUUCUUUGACAUUGAAAAUAGAAAUUUCAUCAGUUCUUUCUCGUCAUAAUCUUGAUAUCCAAAAUCUUAGGGGACAAGGGUACGAUGGAGCUACCAAAGAAGUUUGUUAUGUUCAUCAAUUCUUUUCAAAACUUACACUAAUUGUGAAUGUUGUGACUGUUUCUCCUAAACGUCAUGAUCAGUUAAGGGUUGCUCAAGCAAAUAAUGUUGCAAACUUAAUUGCCAAUGAUCAAAUUGUGACAGGUAGUGGACUUAAUCAAAUUGGUACUUUGCAAAGAGCUGGAGAUACUAGAUGGGGGUCUCAUUUGAAUUCUGUACGUAGCUUGUUAUGCAUGUUUGAUGCUACUUGUGAAAUUCUUGAAAAAAGCACCGAAGAAGGUAAUUUCUCCACUCGUGGUGAUGCUAGUGCUGCUUAUGAUGCUAUCACAUACUUUGAAUUUGUCUUUGUUUUGCAUUUGAUGAGAAAUAUUUUGGAAGUUAGUCAUGAUCUUUGUCAAACUUUGCAACGAAAAAAUCAAGACAUAUUGAAUGCUUUAACUCUGGUUUCUACUACCAAGACUUUAAUCCAAAGAAUUAGAGAAUCAAGUUGGGAGGCUUUCAUAAAAGAAGUUAUACUAUUUUGUGAGAAACAUGAAGUUGAAGUUCCUGAUAUGAAUGCAUUACAUAUUCCUAGAAGAGGCCGAACUCGCAAAAUUGUUGAUCAAAUUUCAGCGGAGCAUCAUUACCGUGUUAAUUUAUUUCUGGCUGUAAUUGAUACACAAUUGCAAGAGUUUAAUGGAAGAUUCAACGAUAAUAUGGUGGAAUUGCUUACUUUAAGUUCAACUUUAGAUCCCAGAGAUAAUUAUAAGUUCUUCAGUGUCAACAAAGUAUGUGAAUUAGUAGAACGGUUUUAUCCAGGUGACUUCAGUGACCAAGAGAAAUUUCACAUUAGAAUGCAAGCUCAACAUUAUGAACUUGAUGUUCUUAAUCAUGCUGAAUUAACUAACUUGUGCACAAUUUCGGAGUUAUGUCAACGAUUAACGAAGACAGGAAAAUCUUUAACAUAUUCUUUGAUUGAUCGUUUGAUUCGCUUGGCAUUCUUGUAA